AAAUGAAAUAAGUAUUAUAAAUCUUAUUGAUUUGUUGAACACAUAAAUUAUACAUGAAUUCAAUGAAAUAUAUUAAAAAAUGUAUUGAAAUUUUUAAAAAACCGCAAUACCGCGGUUUCAAUGCUCUAAAAACCGCAGAACCGCGGUUUUUUAAAAACGCGGUAUUUCAGAAACCCUAAUAGAGAGCGAUUUACGUAGAGAUUUUUGCUUUCAUCAUACAUAAAGUAAAGUAAUUAAAAAAAAGAUAUUAAUCUUUUAAUUAUUUCACCGAAUAUUUAUAACGAUAAGUAAGUAUUUUCAUUUUAUUAAGUUUAAGCGUGUUGCAUGGCUAAAACAGCAGUGGAAAGAACGAAGGCAUGCAUAUCGAGAGCGGAUAAAAAAAGAUAAAGUCAAACAUGAACAAGUUACGGUAAAAGCUCGUCAACGCAAUAAUUCUAUUCUUAGAAAAUUAACAGGUAAAGCAUUAGAAAAUUUUCGCGCUAAUACUAAUUACCGUCAAAGAAAAUGUCGUUUAAAGAAACGUAAACGUUUAAUUAAUAAUAAACCAUCAUCAUUUCAAAAUCGUCAAUCUUUUGGUAAAGCUAUGAAAAAAGUAACAUCUGCUUUACCAAAAUGCGAUAAAAAAAAGAAAGAUGUUAUUCAACAUAUAGCUCAAAAAUAUAAUCUUGUUCCAAAACCUGUUCAACAACGUACAUGUGCCAAUAUGUCUGAUCAGAUUAAAAAUGCGGUUCAUAAGUUUUAUUUAAGAGACAAUGUGUCUUAUCAAUUACCUGGUAAACGUGAUACUAUUGUUGUUAAAAAUGAUGAUAACACUAAAAUAACAUAUCAGAAAAGAAUACUUUUGAAUAAUUUACGUGAAAGUUUUGAAUUAUUUAGAGAAUAA